AGUAACUUGGCCCAAUCUUUAUACACAAUAUCAGAUGUGCAAUCAUGUGUUGAUAAGAUACAGCCUGUUCGAUAUGGUGAAAAUCUUGAUUUAUACGGAGUUGAAGUUACUGCACAUAGCGCUGGAUAUUGUUUAGGCAGUGCUAAUUGGUCGAUAAUUUGUGAUACUGAAAAAAUUGCGAUGAUAUCCUCCUCUUCCAUAAUAACUGAUAUUCAUCCAUUGCCAUUUAACAAAUCUGUAUUGAAUGACGUUGAUGUCGUUAUCUUUAGUGAUUUGUGCGAAUCACAUAGUGAAGGUGAUGUUAGAUUAGAAUCUAUUUUACCUAUGUUACGUGAUAUUGGAAAUUAUGCAGGGGACGUUUUAGCGAAUAAGGGAAACGUCUUAAUUCCCUGUGUCCUUAAUGGUAUAAUGUUUGACGUGCUAGAUUAUCUUGGGAGACAUUUAAAUUCCAGAGGACUUGGCGGUGUUCCAUUUUAUGCUAUUUCUCCUAUAGCUGAAGAAUCGCUCAAGUAUUCAUUUAUUUCAGGUGAAUGGAUGUGUGAAGAAAGACAGCUACGUAUGUACAUUCCAGAGAAUCCGAUGGUUCAUAAAGAUAUGUUUGAUAGAAAUUUGCUCUAUUACGCUGCUCGUGCUGAUAGUUCUCUCCAGGAAAUAUAUCAAGAACCAU